UUUUUUUUUUUUUUUUGACAGCCAAAGGCAUAAAAAUCCAAAAUACUCAGACGACAGACAACCUCAUUCCAACCCAUAUCCCUGUCCUGGUUGGUCAAGACCAUCACAUUUGACAUUUCACAGAGGGAGGGAGCGAGAGAGAGAGAGUGGUAUUGGUGAAUGGACGAGGUGAUCACUGCAGCGGACGCGACCAGAACGACGUCGUCAGCGGCAGCAGCACCAACUUCCUUGCUACCUUCGAACCUGCCUCUCCUCUCGGCCAUCCUCGCCUGCGCUCUCGCCCAGUUUCUCAAGCUCUUCACCACCUGGUAUAAAGAAAAGAGAUGGGAUUCUAAAAGGAUGCUUGAUUCUGGUGGAAUGCCUUCGUCACAUUCCGCGACUGUGACGGCUUUAGUAGUGGCUAUAGGCCUACAGGAAGGAACAGGAGGACCGGCUUUUGCCAUUGCAGUGGUCUUGGCAUGUGUUGUGAUGUAUGAUGCCACAGGGGUCAGACUUCAUGCUGGUCGCCAAGCUGAAUUGCUGAAUCAAAUCGUGUGUGAGCUUCCAUCAGAACAUCCUUUAUCCAACAUAAGACCGCUACGUGAUUCACUUGGGCAUACUCCACUUCAGGUUAUUGCUGGGGCUGUGUUGGGAUGCAUAGUAGCGUUUCUGAUGAGAAAUUCCAAGUAGGAUAUCAGAUGACAAAUAAUAUUUCAUCCUUUUCACUUUGGAUACAUGUAAACUGCAUACUUGUAAUGUGGAUACUCUUAUACUGCAACUACCAUUCUUGGGCUCCUAUUCAGCCAUACCAUUUGAGUUCCUUUGUAAUUCUUCAUUUGUACUUCAUUAAGCAUAAUGAAUGGGAACUACCAUUCUUGGGCCCCUCUUUAA